GUGUGUGUGUGUGUGUGUGUGUGUGUGUGUGUGUGUGUGUGUUUAGUGGAACAUUUUGAUUCUUCCGUUUUCUGCCCCUGUAAUGGUGUUGGUGGUCUCUUCUGUGUGUAUGUCUGUCCUGCUGCAUAAUAAAGUCCCUGCUUACUUCCUCCCACUAAAAUCACUGUGUUAACUUGUUAAGGUGAUCAGUCCUCCUGCUCCUGCAGCUCGUGUACAACACCUGGAGAAUAUUUCUUCCUGAAUGAUGGCAAGUGUCACGUGGAUCCUCACUUUAAUUUGUGCUGCGGGAUGUUACCUGUCUUCAGCCUCACCUGUUCUCCGCUCAGCCCUGGUGGUCCAGGCAGGGCAGAACAUCUCUCUCAGCUGUAACCUGACGUCCAGCGUGGAGAUCACCUGGUACCUUCUGCGCUCAGAUCAGCUGCUGCCUCUUCUGACAGUUAAAUCAAGUAAACUGACAGAAGUUACAGUCACCUUUCACACUGCAGAUGUCAGUCAUGUUUACCACAGGGGCAACAUGGAGAGGGGACCCAUCAGUCUGGAGAUCCUGGAGGUGGAGGAGGUGGACACUGGGCUGUAUUUCUGCACCAGCCAGGUUGCAGGAGCUGUUUUUGUUAACAGAGGAAUUCAUCUGGUUGUUAACGGAGUUGACGGGGAGUCAGCCAGGCAGCCAUGUUGGAGUCUUGGGAUCUGUAUUCUUCCAGCUUUACUCGUCCUCUGCCUCAUCUUCAUUGUUGGAUUUUCCCUUCUCGCAGGUAAAUCAGAUGUUUGCUGCUGUAAUCCAGAGAGAAGAAACACAAGUCAGAGGGUCACAGAGGAAGUGGCUUUGCACUAUUCCAGUCUGAAGCAUGCAGACAAGCCCCGCCCCUCCAGCCGAGGAGGGACAGGAUUGGUGGAAAAGAAUGUCAUAUACUCGGCAGUGACCAGUCGCAAGAACCCACACGGAUCACAUGACCACAGAUAGAACGGCUCCUUGUUUUUUUCCUGUUUUUAACAACAGGGGAAAAAAAAAAAAAAACUUCUUUGACUUUGAAUGUGAUUCAUUUGAGAUUUUAUAAACGUGAUGAUUAAACAGUUACUGUUUUUAGUUUCUGGUCUUUAAAUAAGUCAAUAAUUACUUUUUAAAUACAAGUUUCUCUACACGACCUGUCUCUAAAGUGAAUUUCAGGUACCUCCUCUGAACAAAUAUAUAAAGACUGAAAUUAUUAAUAUGCUGGAGAAACAAAAUCACCGUCCUCUCUGGACAUCCUCUCUGCUUUUAACUGUGGUAUUUUAAGUUAUUUCACUGAUCUUUUUUUUUCAUAGUAAAAUGCAACAGACUGUGUGAAAUGUGUAGAAAUUAUGCUCUGCUUUCUUUCUUUUUAUCUUUAGCCUCUUUACAUUUUUUAUACAGCGCUGCAGGAUGAAAAGAUGGACACUUCUCGUAUAACAGAGAAAUGCAAAAAGAUUUAAAUAUCCAGAUUGUAGAGGGACAAUAGAGUCAUGGUUUAAAACAGAUUAAUGAAUGUUCUAUUAAUGUCAGAAAUUGCCUUAAUGCACUUCUCUGUGCGACAAGUGUCAAUUUAAUGAAGCCACUCAAACACACUGUUAUAUAAUGUGUCCUAAGAUUCAGAAGUACUGGUGCAACAUUUUCCAAACAAUUUGAGACAUUCUUGAUUCAAGAAUUAAGCCUGAACCACAAACUAUAAUUUUUAAUAUUCCAGAGACAUUUAACAACCUCACAUCAGCUCAAAGAUGACUUAUCAACUAUUUCCUUAUGUCAGCUAAGAAAUGCUUGCUGAUGUUGUUGAAGAGUAAAAACAUCCCUAAUGUAAAUAUGUGUCUUGAUGAUGUUGGUACUCUUGAGGUGUAGAGGAUCAGAUAUAUUAGAACUGAGCAGAUGAAUUUAUUUGACCCCAUCUGGCAACCUUUCAUUCAAUACCUGGAGAAAAUAACAAUGUAAUGCCAUUUGCAGAUUCUUGUUACCGAUGUUUAAAGUGGGAUCCUUGGACUUGGGAUGCCUACGUCGGGUGGGUUGGCUGCUUCAUUUUUUUCUAUUGUGUUUUUUUUUCUUUUUUUUUCUUAUUUUUAUAUAUUCUAAAAGAGGACGGUGUCUGGAUCAGUUUUGUAAAUGCACAAAUUAUCUUUAUUUUUUACCAAUUAUUUUUUUAUUUGUAUAUAUUUACUUAUGAUCUAUGCACACUGACACCCCUCUCAAUAAAAGUCUUUUACAUACACAAAAACUCACCACAGAAGAAUGUCAGAAUGUUAGUAUGACACUGUCACUGCCAGAUAAAUGCACAUAAUGAUAGAAAGCUUAUUUGUACAAACCCUGUAUGGAUUUAUAUGUAGCAUCCACUGUGAUGUGUGUCUCACUGAUGUUUUUAUGUGUCAACAAUUUUCUUUUUUUAAUUUUCAAUAAAUACAUUUAGAUACAACAUGCUCCUGUCAUUUUGAAUUUUUACAACCUGUGAAAUGCUUGUUGUAUUCAAACAUACAAAUUCAAGAUGAGUGAAUCUUUACUCAAUGAUUUUAUAUUGCUUGGAAUUUUAAAACUUUCAAAGCAGUCUCCAGGUUUCUCAAAAUUACAGACCGAGUUUUCAUUUCAAAUCAUUUUUGACUUAAUGUAAUAAAUACUAAACACUGUCCACAGCAGAAUCAGUGAAUUAUCCUGGAUCUUAUUUCUAGAAAGAGAGUAACAGAGAGUUAGUUAGUUGGGGGAGAGUUACUGCCUCUAGCGAGGGAGUUCAAGUAUCUCUUCAGGGAUGCGGGCACUGUGCCUGACCGUCGUGGUGAAGAGGGAGCUGAGCCAGAAAGCGAAUUUACUGAUCCAUCAAGUACCAACCUUCACCUAUGACCAUGAGCUCUGGGUGGUAUCCGAAAGAAUAAGAUCAUGGAUACGAGCAGCCGAAAUGAGUUUCCUCCGUGGGGUGGCUGGGCUCAGCCUUAGAGAUAGGGUGAGGAGCUCAGACAUGUGGAGGGAGCUCGGAGUAGAGCUGCUGCUCCUUCGUGUUAGAAAGGGGUCAGUUGAGUUGGUUCAGGCAACUGAUCAGAAUCCUCCUGGGCACCUCCUGUUAGAGGUGUUCCAGGCAUGUCCCACUGGUAGGAGGCCCCGGGGCAGACCCAGAACACGCUGGAGGGAUUACAUAUCUCAUCUGGCCUGGGAACGCCUUGAGGUCCCCCAGGAGGAGCUGGAAAGCUUUGCUGGGGAGCGAGAUGUCUGGGGUGCUUUGCUUGGCCUUCUACCCCCGCGACCCGGCCCCGGAUAAGCAGAUGAAAAUGGAUGGAUGGAUGAAUGGAGUAGCAAAGCGACAGGUUAUCUCCUCUUACUCACUUAAAUAAGACCAGAGUCCAACAGAAUGUUUGAGUAAGGGCUGAAGAAAGUUCUUGCAUGUUUGAAAAGUUUGUCAGUAAAACCUUGUAGUUGUGAAUGUAAGAAAAAGAGCCAGAUAAUAAUAAUACUAAUGGAUAACAAUACUUCAUCAUGCCCUCGGUGUGUAAAGGCCUUUAUUUGUCCAGAUACUCUCUCAUGUCUGUACUGUAAAUAUGCUAUCUUAGCUUAGCAUAAAGACUGGAAACGGGGGCACGGCUAGCCAGGCUCUGUCCAAAGCUAACGAAAUUUAGCCACACCUUUAAAUAUUUUCGUAUUUUCACAAAAUCAUGUGUAAUAUUACUUUUUAGUAUCAUGAUCACUUGUCAAUGUAGUGCAAUAUCAUUUCUCUCAGAAUCAAAUUCAUGUGCAGUACUACUUCUCAAUGUUACAUCAUAUAAAAUGUAACAUUGAUUAUCAGGUGCAAUCUGCAUUUUUUUCCACCAUUUCAGUUCAUUUUUAGUAACUCUUGUACUUCUCUUACUUCUGUUGUUAUUCUAUUAGGCACCUCUAUCAGGCUUUUUGCUCCUUAAACACUUAAUAUAUUGUAUAUUUUGAAUAUUUUGACUGUUAUUUAAUACUCUAUUGUUUUAAAAACUAGGCCCAGUGUGCGACUCUGACCCAGGCAACCCAGUGUUUGUUCUGGUUGCUACUGGUUGCUACUGGUUGCUACUGGCUUGUGAAUGUUACAUGUUAUAACUUUAAUUUGUGUCACGGUAAUUUAAGUUGUUGAAGGAAAAAAAAAUUGUGUUAUACCAAUGUAGUGCGUUUAUUUUGAAAGAGACAGUAUGUAAACCUUAAAUCGCGUGUGAAAACAGAGUGUAUUUUGAAAACAGGCCUGCAUGUAACAGGCAAACCUUGACACAGCAUCCCAGAACGUCAACAACCAACGCACCCAGGGUACCUUUCAUGUCGUAUCUAGAUGUUGAAAGUCCAUGACGAAAUAUCAAUAUGUGACGAGGUCGGAGAGAGAAUGUGUUGUUCCAUGGGGGGUUAUGUACUGGAUUAUGUCUUGGCUGGGCUGCUCACAGUGAUGACAAGAUUCCAGGUGUGGUAUCAGUCUUCUCAUCUAAUGUCUACCCUUCACCAAAAGACUUUCAAAACUUAAGUCUGACGUCUUUUUACAUCUAAAGACAAUAUGAGUUUUGAGUUAUACACUAUAAGAGCUUGCAAAGACUACAGAUCUUGUAGGGUCACUAUUUGCAAAACUACAACUAGAUUCCUUUUUAAAUUAGUUCCCAUCCUGCCCCUGGUGGAAAUUAUUACGCCAAACUCCCUUUAAGAAACACGACACAUUAACAAUUCCUUACAUGUCUGCAAAAA